GAACACGCCAGCUGGCUCAACUUUUCUUCUUCUGUCUGGGUUCCCUCGGUCUCUUGCGUGACGACCGGUUCACCCUUUGCAAGCCAAGAAACAAGAAUACAACAAUACACAGUUCCACAUAUUUACUCUCAGAAUAGAAUCCUCGCUUUCUUGUUCUUCUCGCUAACCUCUCCUUUCCAACUUCGAAUCUCUCUUCCUAUUCUAUCGAUUUCUCUUCAGUUGGGCUCCGUUUCCUCUCCCAUCUACAGCAGUCGUUUCAUCUCCCAGAGUAAAUAUCCUUUUCGAACCCUGUCCUUUUUGAAAAUUGACAAGCCGCCCCCUAACAUUUAAAAAAUGACAAAUCGGCCCCUAUCUAUUUCUUUCGUUAGACACAUCGACCCUUCCGUUAGACAAAUCGACCCUUGUCUAUUUCUUCCGUUAGACACAUCGACCCCUGUCUAUUGGCCACAGAAGGAUCGAUGUGUCUAAUAGAAGAAAUAGACAGGGGUAGGAAGAAAUAGACAGGGGCCAAUUUGUCAUUUUUAAAGGUUAUGGGGCGGCUUGUCAAUUUUCAAAAAGGACAGGGGCCGGAAAGGUUAUUUACUCUUAAAUUUAAUACAGUGGCGGGCAAAUGCAGGUACUGGUGCAAAUUGGAUAGCUCAUUUGUAGAGUCGGUAAUACUUGUUGAACUUGGCAAAGUUAAGGUGAUGGAUCUUGACAGUGGGACUUCCUCAACAGUUGGGGCACGAGUGCAGGCAAUACCAGGCCGCCCAGCACAACAUGGUGCACUCUAUCAGUUUAAACAGCAGAAUCUUCCAGCAUGUAAACCUGUUCUUACACCAGCAACAGUCAUUGCUACAUUUCUAUUGAUGGGUUUUAUUUUCAUUCCUCUUGGACUUAUUACACUUCGUGCUUCAAAUAGUGUUGUUGAAAUUGUGGACAGGUACGACAUUGAAUGUAUACCUGAAGAACUUAGGAGUAACAAGCUUUUGUAUAUCACUGAUGACUCAAUAUCCAAAAACUGUUCAAGGUUCUUAAAGGUACCUAAGUCAAUGAGAGCACCAAUUUAUAUCUAUUAUCAGCUGGAUAACUAUUACCAGAACCACCGUCGGUAUGUCAAAAGUAGAAAUGAUAAGCAACUGCUACAUGGACUUGGAGACAAUAGCACCAGUUCUUGUAAACCUUUAGAGUCCUCUGGUGAUCUUCCAAUUGUACCUUGUGGGUUGAUUGCAUGGAGUGUGUUCAAUGAUACAUUUAAGUUCAGCAGUGGGUCAUCAGAGUUGAAAGUCAAUAGGAAGAACAUUGCAUGGAAGAGUGAUCGCAAUCACAAAUUUGGAAAAGAUGUUUAUCCAUUUAAUUUUCAGAAUGGGCCCUUGAUUGGGGGUGGAAAACUGGAUCCAAAUACUCCUCUUAGUGACCAAGAAGAUCUCAUAGUCUGGAUGCGGACUGCUGCACUUCCCAGCUUCCGGAAGUUGUAUGGUAGAAUUGAAGAGGAUUUGGAUGCAGAUGAUGUUAUAGUAGUCCAGCUAAUGAAUAAUUAUAAUGCAUACAGUUUUGGUGGGAAGAAGAAACUUGUUCUGUCAACAUCAAGCUGGCUAGGUGGGAAGAAUGACUUCUUUGGAGUUGCUAGUUUAUUUAUCGGCACCUUUUGUAUGUUGAUCUCCAUUGUCUUCCUGUUGCUUCAUGUGAAAAAUCCUAGACCUUAUGGAGAUGCAAUGUACACAUCUUGGAACAAGAAAAGCAGUUCCAGCUGAUAAGGCACACUUACUCGAGAUAGGUACUAUUUUUCCUAAAGGAUGACUAUACUAUAUGCCGGAGUGCAAUAACGAUCUCGAGAUUUCUAUCUGUUCAUGUUGAAUUUUAUUGAAAUGUUAACAUUCUUUUGGUUGAAUCAAAUUUUUAAGAGAAAAAUAAAUUAAAAUAGAGAGGGUAUUCAGUAGAUGAUAAACUUAAGAGAAAAAGUGAAAAACACUGGGUUAUAUUACUCUUCAUCAAAAUGGCCAUGUCUUACUUAAAGAAAUAAUUAUAUUCACCUUCCAUAUAUUUUGUGUUUGCUAGAAUAACUAAUAGUGUUAAAAGUAUAGUUUUAAUUUGAUUCUUAAUAUUUUUGAUAAGAUAAAUUAGUUCCAAAAAAACCAUGGGUUGGUCUAGUACUUACUAGUCCGUAUAAAUAAGUGUUGAUGAUUCGAAUUUCUUUAUGUAUAUGUAGCAAUUUAUUGGUCAAUAUAAAUCUUUAAAGGGAUCUCUGAUUGUGAUGGAUUCA